UAUUGUAUUGUAUGUACAGUGUUAAGUGGUUCUUGGAGUUUUCGUAUCCCACUUCAUUCUUCUUCCUCUGUGUGGCGGUCGUGGUUCGUUGACCAUGGUGGUGGUUACCCCCUUCGUCUGAUGGCUUCUCACGGUGGCUUCAAGUCCCUUUUUUGUUGCUUCUGUGGAUCCAAGAGGCGGUUUCAGAAACUACAGACCUUUGAAGCUGUUGAAGAAGUAGAGUCAUCGAAAACUGUUCACACCGAACAGCCUAGGAGUACGCAUACCGAAGCUGUCCCAGCCCCCGCUCAGGAAGAAAGCCCGACCCCUCCAGUCUCAGGAAAGGAGGACACAGUCCCACAAACAGAAGACAAUUCGUCGUCCUCAGUAGAAAAGGAAGAUUUUUCUGCUCCGAUAGCAGCAGAGGAAGAGAGCCUCCUUUUGGAUUUUGAAGGAGAGAGUGUUUCUGGGAAUCCCAGUGUCACAAAUACCCCUGUGUUACCUAGAGAACCUAUCAAGGCAGAGAGUGCACCCAUUUCAGAAAGUCAGCUAUUCGCCAAGGACAGUUUGUUUGUUGACAAAAGAGAGGUAGAUAAUACAGUAAUAACUUCAGAACCGAAGCCUGUUGUUCUUCCAGUGUUAAAUACUGAAGGUCCAAGGGAACAGGAAGAUAGCAUUGUGAGAGAAAAGGCUCAGUUGGCUGAGAAAUCUGUUCUUGAAGGCAAAGAGGAAGAAAAGUUACCUGUUGAGAAACCUCCUGCUGAAGAAAAACAGGAAGAAAAGGUAGCAGUUGAGAUACAGAAACCAGAAGUAAAGGAGACUAUUGUUGUCAAAGAGGAAGUUCCUGUUGCUUGUGAAGGACAACAACACUGCGCAUCAUCCCAAGACAAAGACCAGCUUCUAGAGGCUAUUAACUUGACUCUGACAAAUAUUAUGGAAAAAGCUGAAACACUGAUUGUGGAACAAGUAUCAGUAGAUAUGGCCACGAAGUCGGAGCAUUCAGCUCCAAACAAAGAGAUGAUCUCAUCACUGGUAGAGAAGAUCCAGACUCCAGCUGAGAAGGACUCCACUCCAGACUCAGAUGGUUCCAUGCAGGGGAGUUCUGGAUCAGAGGCAUUGGAGGAAGCACUGAAGGAUGCUGGGAUUGUUAAUGGAAACAACCACGAAGAGAAGGGCAGUGACAAACCAGAGAAAGGGGAGAAAAAAGAGGAGAAGACUGGGAAAAGUAAAAAGAAAGAAGAUAAAACUAUUGAUCACAUAUUAAGGGCCUUAAGCAGUUUACAAACAACAGAGGAAAAGCUGGCUGCCCUGUGUAAAAAGUAUGCAGACUUACACGAAGAACACAGAGUUUUACAGAGUACACACAAGCAACAUCAGAGAAAACUAACCAUGGUAACAAGGGAGAAAGACCAGUUACAGACUGAGCACACGAAGGCGGUGAUGGCAAAGAGCAAACUGGAGGGGCUGUGUCGGGAGCUACAGAAACACAACCAGGUCAUCAGGCAAGAAAGUUUACAAAGAGCCAGAGAGGAAGAUGAAAAAAGAAAAGAAAUUUCGAACAAAUUUCAGUCCACCAUCACAGAGAUUCAGCAGCAGAUGACAGAUCACCAUGACAGGAAUCUCAAGCUUCGCGAAGAAAACCAGGAGUUGGCGGGAAAACUCAAAAAGUUCAUUGAACAGUAUGAAGUCCGCGAAAAGCAAGUAGAGAAGGUGAUGCAGCACAGAGAGUUGGAGCAGAAGUUAGCGGACGCCAAGCUGGAGCAGGCCAAUGCCUACCUUGCCGAGGAGCAGGAGAGAAGCAGGAAGGAGCAUGCUGUGGCUGCAGAAAGUUCCAAACGUGCGGCUUUGUUAGAGACACAGUUAGCCAUGUAUAAGGAUAGAUAUGAGGAAUUUCAGUCUACUAUUAAUAGAAGUAAUGACAUGUUCCAGAAGUUCAAAACCGAAAUGGAAAAGAUGACAAAGAGAAUCAAGAAGCUUGAGAAAGAUGGUGCAGCUUGGAAGAGCAAGUGGGAAAAUGCUAACAAAGCACUGCUAGAGAUGGCAGAGGAGAAAACCCAUUACGACAGGGAGAAGCCGCAGCUGUUGAGUAAGAUCCAGAAGCUGGAGUCCCUGUGUCGGGCCAUGCAGGCCGAGAGACUGGGCAGGAAGGCGGCGGAGGCCAGCAAAAUAGAUAUAUCAAAGAUAGACGAGGACUUGCCCCAGGUCCUGGACACUCCCAACACUACUUCAAAAUCUUCCCCCAUCAAGUCAAAACCGGAGGCAGACGACUCCUCUCCCCCAGGAUCAGGGUCUGAUGGGAAAUCGCAGCCAUCGGAGCCUAACAGCGACACACAGACAGAUAGCAGCAGUGCGGCGGCGGCAGGUUCAACAGAACAGAAAUCAGAGGAAACUCCGGCAGAGUCGAAACCAGAGCCACACCCUGAAGCCCUGACCGCAGAAACGUAGCAUAAAAACCCAAGACUUUUGUUGUUCAUCGCAUUUGUUUUCUUUCUUUCGUAAACCAAGAUGUAAAUUUUUUUACGUCAAGGGCUGCUUUAAUUAAAAAGGUUUAGUAUGUACUAUGA